UGAGUGAACGUGUUUCUCUGUUGGCGACCGAUGGCAAAACACAACAAACGAUUGCGUCGAUCCGUCCGGGUGGAAGUGUUCCGCGAGUACUGUGCCAACAGCUCCAUCCACGGUGUACGUUACUUCAACCGUGAUGAACGAACGGCUUGUGAACGAUUUUGGUGGCUAGUGGUCUUUCUGCUUUCGUUGCUGGGCUGUUGCGUGAUGAUACACAAGACGUACGAGAAAUGGAAUCAGGCUCCAAUCAUUGUUACCUUUUCGGAGAAACCCACUCCAGUUUGGGAUAUUCACUUCCCAGCUGUAACGAUCUGUCCCGAGACGAAGGUUGCAGCGAGUAGUCUUAACUUCACAGCCGAAAUGAAUGUUCUUGCAGACGAUAUCCAUUACAGUAACGUAACAUCGGAACGAAAAUCUAGGUACGGCUCAAAAAGGAGAGUACUACUGUAUGGCAUUAAACUUCUCUCGGUUUCUUCGCAGCUGUGUAACAUAAUGUUCCAUUCAAACUAUGGUUGGUUGAACCAAGUCAAAUGUUCGGAAGACAACAUCGUUGAUAUGUUAAAGCGCCUGGCCUUACCAUGGCGCACAACAGUUGCUUUAUGUUAUUACGGUACCGAUUUCACGGAGUGUGAGAAUCAGCUAAAAGUAACUCUCACCGAGGAGGGUAUUUGCUACACGUUUAACAUGCUGCCUGACAGGGAAAUCUUUCGUAAAAAUGCCAUGCACACUGACUACAUUUACACGCGGAAUUGGUACAUUUUUCCCGGAUUUCAGCCACCUGCACCUUCGUACGCUCGAGAUGCAGGAUUGCAUGCAGGUCUUACGUUUUAUUUGGCGCAAAAAAAUGAGGACACAGAUUAUCUGUGCACGGGAUACUCGCAAGGAUAUAAACUAAAGAUCCAUGGUAUAGAUGAGUAUCCGCAUAUGGCAAAACGCAACCUGCGCCUCCCUCUCGGACACGAGAUCUCGAUCGCUCUCAAGCCGCAAAUGAUCGUUACCUCUCCGUCGGCCGCUUACUACAGCUGGGAGAAGCGUCAGUGCUUCUUCAAUCACGAGCGUCACCUUCGCUACUUCCAGAUCUACAAUCAGGAAAACUGUGAGCUAGAGUGCUUAACCAACGUGACGCACGCAAUGUGUGGAUGUGUUCGCUUUUCGAUGCCAAGAUCAAACGACACAAAGGUCUGCACACUUUCGAUGUGGCAUUGUAUGUACCGCUCAAAGUGGUUCUUACGCCCGAUUCCCGGUCUUAAGCGACAACCUCACAGAGUGAUUCUUGAAAUGGUGAAAAACUGCAACUGUCUGCCCGCGUGCAGUUCGGUUUCUUACGACGUGGAAAUGGCCCAAACUUCGCUCGAUAUGGAAAAGUUCCGACUGGCAAACAAUGAGCUACCGCGCGAUCAUUUGGACAAGUUUACCAUCACAACACUAGCGAUCUACUUCAAGGAGUCGUACUUUAUCUCUUCGAAGCGAUCGGAGCUGUACGGAUGGGUAGACUUUCUGGCGAACUGUGGUGGUCUGUUAGGCCUCUUCAUGGGUGUGAGCAUUCUUAGUUUGUUGGAGAUAUGUUACUUCAUUACGAUUCGACCAUUUUCGGUUAGAAGUAGAAUAGCAAGUGCUGAAAAGCACAAAUCGAACGAAGUCCAGAAUGCCAUGCUUCCAGUUAUCUGCAAACCUGAGUAGAUGUUUACGUCGUCGGAAUAUGUUCAUCAAUUACACAAUCUGGUGUAGAAUUCAGCAGCUAAAACACAGUA